AUGUCUAAUCAGCCCGCUCUGCCAUCUGAGAUCGUCCAACCUGCCCAUCAGGGAACUGAGGGAGUUGUCGCAGAUCAACAAGCCGCGACCCAACCAGGAAGUGGUUCUGCGGUCCCCAAUGACUUGGAACACUCUGCUAAUGCGCACGCUGACCAGCGCCUCCACGAAGAAGAGAAACUACCUUUCAAGGAGCAGGUGAAAGCUUACGCAAAGAUCCAUCGAGGGAAUUUGUUACCCGGUCAUAAAGAAGAAAAGGAAGUUGGCCAGAAAAUCCUUGCGGGCGAAAUCGACCCCCCUCCUCCAGCCCAUUGA